AAGAACUUGUUGAGUAGUAAACCUGUGGCGGACUGAAGGCUCAGCAUAUGCCUUCUCAGCUCUGUGCCAGGUACAAGGUGUCAUGCUGAGCUGCUGCAUUUAACUGCUGCGAUCGGAUCGGAGUGGUCCCGCAUCGAAGUGCUCUUCAUUUUAACUAAUGUUCUUUUAUUUUAUUUUUAUAUAUAUAUCAGCUGCGCCCAUACAGUGAAAAAGGUCGCAAAGAGCAUAACCUUGGAUUCCUUUUUGUCUUUUGUGUUUCAAAUUGCGAACUCUACGAGAACAUGUGUUUCUUUUUAAAAUAGCAGGCGAUUUGUCCUGACAGUUUGCGUCACCUGACUUAGUUUGUUUCGUUAUUAUCAAAAUCGUUUGCUGAUGGAUAUAUCUGUUUGUAUUGAUAAACAAGAAAGAAAAAAAAAAGAUUUUCUUUCGUGUACCCUCUUAUGAUAAUUACAUUUAAACCGGCAUAAAAUAACUGCUUUGAAAAGAAAUGGAAGUUUUUAUUUCGGGAAAAUAUUGAAAAACAUUUUAACAUUUCAAACGAUAAUAUUUCCGCAACAUUUAUUUUGGAAUUUUCUUGCUCAUAAGUUAAAAACUUCAACUCUGUUGUUUGUGAUUGUUGUUCGGAUUUAUAAACAUAUUUGGAUUGGUGACGUAUUUCAGAAAAAUAUUGUUCUGUGCUUAUUAAUUCUCAUAGUAUCUGUGAAAAGGAUAAUAUAUUUUUGUUUGAAUUCGGGGAACAAUAAAUACAGACAAACCAUUUGAAGAAAUACAUCCUUACAACUUGCGGGUGACCAUUAGCUGAAGAUAGUCAGUAUGAGAAAGGAAUGAUUCCCAUCUUCCUAUGUGCCAGAUGUACGCAAUCUUUGAGGAAAUCGUUGGACCAAAGCCAUCUCAUUCCAGUAAAAGUAUCCUCCAGACACACGGUGAUGAGGAUCAGGGAAUUGAUGUGAGUGCGGUAGAUCAAAUCGGUCAUGGAAGUAGAGGAGAUCUUACGGAAUUAUCUUCUCAGUACGACGUGUCACGUUCACGUUCGAGAAGGAGCUCUGGUAAACACCAGCGCAUCUAUGGACCUUCAAUUUACCAACAGAAUCCAUAUUCUACACUCCCGCGCAACAAUAGACGGCGUGCGACGUCGCUGUCGUCCAAUGACUUUGACGAAGCGGCAUCGAUAUGUUCGUCAAAUCCCCUAUUGGACACUAUCAGUGUCCUGACAUAUGAUCCUCCUGAUGAUUCGGAUGAUUACUAUGAUCUGACUGAGCCAACUGAAAAAACAGUUAAAUCAUCUGGCAAUCCCGAAGGAGAUAGGGAUUCUAUUGGCUACGCGGGUUCUAGUUCAAUAGAUAGUGGUUACAAGAGCCUAUGUCCAACACCUGAGAUUCCAGAUCCAUCUCUUUAUGGACCGGAUGCUGUUGGUCAAUCCAAUGCAUUCAAUGAAUUCUACACGGACUCAAACUCUUCACCUCAAAGCCGAAGUACAAAGCCUCGAAUCAUGAUGGGCACUAAAGUCAUAAGUCGUCAGGGACAUAUCUCGCCUAUGAGAGAGCCUCCUGGCUCCAGGCGAUCUGACUCCAGUCUCUAUGACGUCAAUUUAGACCACCUUAUGUACCUUCGACAGUCUUUGUUGAGUGCCAUCCAGAAGUGCGAAUCUUCGAACUCCGAUUCAUUGUUUGCUCAUAAAGAAAGGCGACAGGAAGUGCAAGAUAGCAGUGCGAUAAAUCCCGUACCUGAUCAGUGCUACUCAGAUACUUCGGCAGAAAAAACUUCUCACCCCAGUUACACAAAAACCGUUCGGUUCAACACAGAUGUAAAAGUUUCGACUUUAAACCCCACGGAUAGUGUUUCCGAUAAGGAUAAAAAAUCAGGCCGGACUACCGAUGUUUCUGGAGAUCAAAAUGGUCCCAAAAUACAAUCUAAGUCCAUCCUAAAAGACCCUCUGUGUGCCAAUUUAAGGUCCCAGCUAGAAGCUGGUUCUGUUGAUUGCACAUUAGAGGAAGAAAUUGACACUCUCUUGUACGGAAGGGCGGAGUUUUACGACCUGGAGAACGUGGAUGACUUUCCAUGUAGUUAUGUGACUAUGAUUGAAGAUAAAUAUCGCAGUGGAAAGCCUAGCAUAGCCAAAGUUAGAAAACUUAAAGGUGACAAAUCACAAAGUGAUUCACCUAAACCUGAUUCAAGUCUGGAGAAAAAACCAUCCGAAGAAGUUGUACCACCCACCGAAGACACCAAACAAACGACUGAGUCACCGCCCGAACCUAAGCCCGCAGUCGAGGUUCCAACAACAGUGCUCAUCAGCAAGCAAGCAAAAUGCCGCUUCACAGAGGUAGCACGAUGCAUGCUUGAAAUAAUCGAGGACUUGCAAACAAAAAAACUGCAACCGGUGGAAUCUAAGGAACAAUCAUCUGUGCAACCAACUUGCGAUACAACUACCUCUACAAUAUCUGCUUCCGCAAAUGCCAAGGUACCUGAGAUCCAACUAGAGGUUCUGAAUCAACCUCAAAAACCGGACAAUGACUCCUACAUGGCUGCUGCCGAAUAUCAUGUAUAUGAAGAAAUAGACUAUGAUUUCGUCAAAGGUAGUGUCCCACCGAUGGAUGUGCCACCACCUUUACCAGCAAGGCCAAGUGUUAUGUUCAUGAAACCAGAUCUUCCGAAGUACCACCAAAAACGUGCUCCUUCACCACCUCCUAGAAAAGGUCGUUCCCAGGUGAAAAAGAACGCAAGUAUCACUGAUGGACAUAACAGUGAAGUCAGGAAUCGUCCCAAGCAAAGGGGCAACUUGUACUGUCUUUUCUCAGAUCGCCUGGUCAGAAGAAAUAUAUCUAGGUCAUUGGAAAGAGAAUGGCGUUCCACGGGAACGUCUGAUAACAUCGAAGAUGAUUAUGGAUUCAAAAAAGAGUUCCCUUCUAUUUGAGUAAAUACGUGUGAUUUAAAUUAUACCUGUUACUGAUACUUGUUAUGAGUAUGUACGUCAUAAAUGUUUAGAAUGUUAUUAGUGAUGAUUUACUUUAACACGAAGCGACUUCAAAGUAUAGCUUGUAAAUUCAAUCAGGAGGCGAAGAGGAGUCAAUCUUGUCAAAGUGACAGUUUUUUUUUGUCAUGGAAUUUUUUAUGUCACUGAAUAUUUUUCACCAUGCCCAGUGAAACAUAUUAACAAUAGUUUCCUCAUCAUUAUCAUACAAGUUCGAAAGGACGAAGUUCAUAUUCUCAAAUUCUCGACAUUCAUAUUCUUAGAUUUUCGAAGAGUUCAUAUUCUCAGAUUUACUGAAUAUUUCUCAUCAAAGAAACAAAUAAUGUACACGGCGACAAACAUUAACUUUUGAAAUACUAUAUUGAAAGACAUUUUAACUUUAUUAAAUGAAAUGCAUCAUAUGAUAAUUUUAAAAAAAAUGAAAUAUAUUUGAAAAUGAAAAAUUUAUUUCUAAAUUUGAUGCCAUGCUAUGCUAUUUUGUUACCGAAUAUUGAGAUGAUAAAUAAAACUUUUGUUUUAA